AUGGGCGGCAUCGGCAUCUGGGGAAUGCAUUUCGUCGGUAAUAGAGCUAUCGUCCUGCAAGGCGGAGAUCCCGAGCGCCAAAUCCUUUAUAACCCCGGCUACACAGCAAUAUCCUUCUUUCUGCCAAUUGUUGUCCUUCUUUUCGCCUUUUACACGCUCGGCAUGCCGACAAGGGUCCGCCAACUUCAUGUGGCCGCCGCCGGUUUCUUCACGGGGGCUGCUGUCUGUGGGAUGCACUAUCUCGGUCAAUACUCCGUCGAAAACUACACUUGCUCAUACCGGGUUCAGAAUGUUGUUGGAGCUGCGAUGAUUGCAGUCUUGGCUUCUUUCAUUGCCCUCAGCAUAUUUUUCCGUCUGCGGGAUGCAUGGAUGGACAGCUGGUGGAAACGAGUACUGUGUGGAGCUAUCCUCGCCACCGCAGUCUCGGGUAUGCAUUGGACGGCAGCCGUAGGGACGAUAUACCAUUGGAAACGCGACGUCAGCUCUCACGGGAAUUCCAGAUCGCAGACCGCCAUUGUCGCCGCCGCAUUGGCCAUGAGCUCCUGUGUCAUUCUUCUCAUCGCUGCCUUCGUCCGAGGUCGAAACAAGCACACAGCGAAGAUCAAGGCGCAGCGACUGGUGCUGGCUUGCGCCUAUUUUGAUGACGAGGGCAAACUGAUGGUUACGCAAGAAGGAACUCUGCCUAGCGAGAAGAUAACGAACCAUUACGUGGAAAGGACCUUUGGAGAAGAUGAACUUAGUAGGUCUCAUGCGACCUAUCUGUGGAUCUUCAAAGCAUCUCGCAACUGGACGGUGCUUCGAGAUCUCAUACCCGGAAUGAAGGAGUAUAUCGAGACCGACCCGGUUGCGAGAAAGUACCGUGCGGGCAACACAGCUCCCAACUUGUCAGAGGAUACGAUCGACGGCUCGCUCAAUUUCGCCCCAAUAUUCAAACAGCUGUUCUGUGUGGCUGCGCAGCAGUUGGCCAACUUGACUCACGAGCCCUUGGAGAAACUGGGGGUAUUGUUUGAAGAACCGCUGGAGACCGGAGCUGCCCCUGCCACCACAAACACACGUACUGGUGGUAGACCACUGUCGGCAAAAGGGUUCGACAACGGUCCCGACGCGGAGAUUGGGAUCUCAUCCCCAACUACGGCUGCUAAAGGGAAAUAUUUCUUCCUCCAUCGCCAGAUCAGCAAGGCCGAAGCGGCCAGAUUUGCAGCACUCGGUUAUCGCUUCGCCACCGUUGGCCAGAUCGCAGAGCCACUCGCUAAGAGCAUGCAGGUCCAUCGGGACAGGUUGGUGUCGCGGAUCGAGCGUAUGAAAUUGAGUGCUUCGCCUGAACACCUCCUGCCGCCUGGAGUGCAUCUGGCAUGCUUCAUGCUGCGUCCUAGCAUGUACAAGAGUUUUGAUGUCCUUGUGCCAGCUAGUUCACAGAACCAGCUGCCGUAUGUGACGGUGCAGUCGGGCGAUCUAUCAGCGGAUCAAUUUGCAGAGUUGCAACGCUUCGAUGAUCUUAGCAUCAGUGAAAUUUUGAGGGUGUUGGUAAACAGGUCCAACACAACCCAAAUUGGCGAGGAGAUCCGGUGGCAGCUGUACAACACUUUCGUCAAACUCGUCGACGUCCUUGGUGAUUAUGACAGCAUGAUGCAGGCCAAGUUUUCUGCCAAAGCCUUUCAGAUCCCAUGCCGACAAAGCACCACGGCGACCUCCACACGAAGCUGUACCUUAUUGACAGUUCGGGUGUUGAGAAGUAUACAUGCCGCACCAACAAAAAAGGAACUAACAUACGUUCCCCUGUCGUUCUUCAGUGCGCAGCAGCAGAUCCAAGCGUGCGAAAAAGAUGACGGAUUCGAGCAGACAGUUAGAGCAGAGUUCAGACAUCCUGCCCCUUGCGCUGUCAAACAUUCUCCACGUACUAGCAUCAAGGACGGCCGAAGAACAAGCUCGACCGACUCAACCGUUCAAGGACUGGAGUCUCCUCGAUCAGGACUGUUCUCAAUCAGCAAAUUCUCGAUAUUACCGAGCCGGCGAAGCGACGAGGCGACGUUUGUCGAACGGGAAAAGAGCAUAACUGAAGGGUCCGAAGUCGAAAUGGGCGGGAUGUCAGACAGUGCUCACCUUGACAGGCAGCCGCGAGUGACACACUUGGAUGUUGCCGCUCUCAAGCAAGCUGGGAGCAAUUGGGUCAGUGAAGUCUUUGGUCUCUUCCGACUGGGUGCAGAGGGCUGGUCAAAUGCAAAAGGUGGGAAAUGGGAAUGGGACAUCCGGGUUGAGAAUUCUUUUGAGGUCGGGCUCAACGAUCGGAACCAGAGCGUUACUGAUACCAAUGCGAGGGAGAUAUUCGAUGCCAAGUGA